CCCGAGUGCACGCACACGGCCUUUGAGUGUCAAACUUCCGAGUCCUAGAGCUAGGAUUCUUUAUCAAAAACCUGUCGAUGUAUUCGCCUGAAUUAUCCUUAAAACGUUCACUUUUGGAGGUUUCUAGUAACUCUUUGAAAGUUUGUCGGUGUAUUUGAGGCCUGGACAAACUGACAAUCCAAUGUAUCGGACAUGGCAACAGUUCCUCGCGCUUAUGGGUUUAUUCGCAGUGCCAGGUGUGCUGCGAGUCGUUGGGAUGGAGAUUUUCACAUCCAAGGAGGUGGAGGCGUUGAACGGGACAGAAGUGAGAUUGAAGUGCACCUUUAAGUCCAAACACCCAGUGUCCCACUCCUCUGUGGCUGUCUCCUGGAACUUCCGUCCCCUGAACCAGGGAGCUGAGGAGUCGGUGUUUUACUACCAGGAGAUGGCAUACCCCCCUACAGAGGGGCGGUUUAAGGGCCAUGCAGUGUGGUCAGGGGACAUCCUGAGACAGGACGCCUCCAUCAGUCUGCAUGAAGUCCCCUUCACCUUCAACGGGACCUACACCUGCCAGGUCCGCAACCUGCCCGACGUCCACGGCAUCAAUGGAGAGGUCACCCUCAGGGUUGUCCACAAAGUCUCCAUCUCUGAUAUAGGCAUCCUGGCUGCAGCCAUCGGGGGAUCCAUCGCCAUCGUCCUGGUGCUGCUGGGUCUCUUCAUGGUGUUCAAGUACCGCAACCGCCAUGCCAACACAGACAUGGAGCUGCAGGGGAGGAAACUGCAGGAAACCAGAGAGCUGCAGGAGAGAGAGCUACAGGCCAGGGUUCUACAGGAGAGAGAGUUGCAGGCCAACAUCCUACAGGAGAAAAAGCUGAAGGCCAGUGAGAAGGAGCGUAAGGACCCUACAGUGUGGUGAUGGGUCAGGGGUCAGGGGCGUGUCUCCCUCUCUACCUCUGCUGACUGGUGUGGGGAGGCGUUCUGUCAGGACGGACUGGUCUCUGACUGGAGGGGCUGGCCAGUCCAGGACCACUAUUUUGGAUGGACUGAUGCAUUUUUUUGGUCGGUGUCCUUCUUUCUUCUACCCUCCACUCAUCCCUCCCUCAAUAUGAGUAUUAGGGAUCUCUGUACAUUCCACUAGUUUUAAUGUCAGGUACUGUUUUAUGAACUUAAUGUUUUUUACAGACAACUAUGUGAUUGGGUUGACUGUGCCAUCCCAGGAUAUACAGUAUUUUCUUUUCAAAUGUAAAACCCCCCCAAAAAAACAUCACUUAUCAGAAUGCUAACAAAAUGCAAAAAGUACUAAGGAAUCCCCAUAGCGGAUGCUAGGUAAAUGCUAACGAACGCUUGCGAACAUUUUACUAUUAACAAACCAGCUCCUAAAGUUGUAUCUCGAAAUGCAGCAUGCACAAAAUAUAUAUUAGACAGCAGGGAUCUUAUUUCAGGACGGGAUCGUGUCUGCUGCUGUUACCAAGAAGCUUGAUCUUGCAAGCUAAGGGUAGCCACUUAGCUGGCAUUAGUAAAGUAGCAGGACCCAGCUGGAAAUAAUUUAUUUGGUACAUCUUAGAUAGUUAACUUAGUAGUUAUAAGAUGCAUAGCUGGCAAACAGCUGUAACUUGAUCACUUCACUUAAGUUGUGCUGUAGGGGUGACUCACCUCAUGAAGCUCCCAUUUUGCUCAUCGUCUAUCUUUGUAAACAAACACACUUGACUUGCUCAAACAGCUGUUUUGGGAACUAGUACUGGUAAGCUUCAUAAUGGUUAACACUUUCUGCUUUAUCUAUUACCUAGUGCACAAGUUGAAUGCAGGUUUUUAUUUAAAAAGUACUAAUAUUCAAAUUUAUAAAAACAAAAAACAUUAUUGACAGUAUUGUAAAAUCAUACUGAUGUUGUUUCGAAAUACCCCGGGAUACGGUAUAUACGGCGUACCGCCAAAUCCUACUAUGUGAUUGUAUUUUGACUAUGUAGUAUGAUGACUACUCUUAUUAGAUAUGGCUGAAAUGACACCAGCAGCAGUCUCUUGAUGUGGUGGCAUCUGUUUCAUUACAUUUGGUUUGGUAGCCAUUUUGUUCUAAAUUCAUUUACAGAAUUAUUUUAACACUUGAAUAAUCAACAUUAUAACUGAGCUAAUGGCCCAAACAUUCAUUUGGGAAUAAUGUAAAUAUAUUUGGCAGCAGAUUUGUGAGUGUGUUCUAUGGUUAUGAUUAAGGUCCCGUUGUGAAUUUUGUCAGUGAAACCCUUUUAAAUUUUUAAAAACCUGUUCUAUCUGGGGUAGGCUACAGUAAGGGCUAGUGCUGGUGAAAGCCCUGUAUCUAGGGGUGGCUAAGGGCUAAGCUCAAGGUAAAUAGGGCUGGUGGAAGCUUUCCUGGGCCAGGAGCUUUCAGUGAAAGCACUCCUGCUUCCUGCAACAAUGACAGCAUAAAUGACUGCCUAUUACUGCUGGACAUAAAACUGUCAAUCACCUUUGAAUGCAGAAGAAGAACCCCACAAUUCCAAGAAGCCUGUUUUCCAUGUGUUAUGUAGUUUUUGUGAUCUGAUGUGCCCAACGUGUCCAUUGAAGGAAGCCGUUCCAUCUGUCUCUUUCUGGGUCCAUGCUGAGGAUCAUGGGUGUUGUGGUCUCAAAGGUUUCCCCCUUCUUUCUUACUCUGCCUAUGGAAAUCUGGUACAUCAAUGCAGGGCCCUCGCUGCUGUCCAAAUCCAUACACUAUCGCGCGCGCGCGCGCGCGUGUGUGUGUGUGUGUGUGUGUGUGUGUGUGUGUGUGUGUGUGUGUGUGUGUGUGUGUGUGUGUGUGUGUGUGUGUGUGUGUGUGUGUGUGUGUGUGUGUGUGUGUGUGUGUGUGUGUGUGUGUGUAGAGGAUGACUAAGCCAGGUACAGAUAGGGCUGGAAAAGCCUCGAGCAAAGAGGGUGGAAUGUUAGCAGUAAAGCUUUAAUUGGCCACAAUUAGACCAAAUAUCAAUAUUGGCAGGUUCAAUGAGUGUAUAGUACUCAAUCCUUUUAUUUUCAUCAUAAUGACGUAGCUAUUGAUUUUGGUGGUUAAAUUGAUUAUGCGUCUUCACCUACUGAUGAGACUGGAAGAGCUAUGUGAUCUGAAUGACACUGGAGGUCAAGGCUGUAUUAUGUUUGAAUCUUCCUCAUCUGAUGCACAUAGACAUGGAUUGUGACUGUGAUGGCCAUGUUGUAUCCCACUGUGCUGAGAGAGAGAGAACGAACACUCCUAACAGUGUUUGAGAGAUGGUCAUAUGGUCCUACCCGGUGGAUCCUGCCGCUCAUUCCUACAGUACACAAGUAUGGCUUUCAGUUUAGGAGAAACAUGAAGAUGUCACUGGCCCAAACAUGAAGACAUCAUCAGUCCAUUCUAGCCGGAGACGAGGUGCUGGUUCAGGUCUCCUGCCUUUUGGCUCUACAGUUAUCUGAUGUCUGUCCUAUCUGAUCAAAUCCUGCCUCCAGCCAGCCCCAUAACACCCUAUGGUGUUGACUGGAAACUGCGUUCUCCUGAUCAAAUCAAAUGUUAUUUUUCACAUGUUUAGUAAACAACAGGUGUAGACUAACAGUGAAAUGCUUACUUAUGGGUCCUUCCCAACAAUGCAUAGAGAAAAAUAAUAGAAAUAGAAAGGCCAGUUGGACAUGCUGCCAAAUUUUCUAAAAUGACGUUGGCGGCGGCUUAUAGUAAGGAAAUUAACAUUAAAUUCUCUGGCAACAGCUCUGGUGGACAUUCCUGCAGUCAGCAUGCCAAUUGCACACUCCCUCAAAACAUGAGAUAUCUUUCGACACAACUGUUUCAUAGAGUGUUAGAUGUCGAGUAUCUCCCCAGAUUGCUUAGUGACCAUUCUCCUCUGGUAUUAUCAAUCUCCAUUCCUACCAAGGUAAAUGGAGCAUAUAGAUGGAGACUAAAUUCUACACUCCUAAAGCAACCUGAAUUUUGUGCAUUCAUCAAAGAGCAGAUCAAUAUUUUUACUUUGACAAACAAACCCUCUGCUCCUGACAGCUUCAUUCUUUGGGACACAUUGAAGGCCUAUCUGAGGGGACAGAUUAUUUCCUAUACUAAAGGGCUGAAGAAAAAACACGGUGCGGAACUGAGUGCCCUUGAAUCUGAAAUCUCAGAGCUAGAGAAAACCUACCAAAGAGGCCCGACUAAAGAUCUAUACAGGCUUUUGGUAAAUAAAAAACUUAAAUAUAAUAUUCUGAACACAUAUCAAGCUGAGAGGGCCAUCACUAAAUCAAAACAGCGUUAUUAUGAGCUUGGAGAGAAAGCUCACAAAGUAUUGGCAUGGCAACUGAAAGCAGAGGAAAGUAAGAGGACAAUUAAUGCCAUAGAAACUCUUACUAAUGAGAUAUCUUUCGACCCUACUGAAAUUAAUAAUACUUUUAAGAAAUACUAUGAAGACCUCUACACUUCCCAAUCAAGCGAUGAUCUAUCAGAGAUUGACUCCUUUCUCUCCUCUCUCAACCUCCCAUGCUUGUCAGGGGAAGACAGCGAGCGCCUGAGUGAACACUUCUCAGUUCCUGAAUUGUUGGAGGCCAUUAAAUCCUUACCUUCUAAUAAAUCUCCUGGGGAGGAUGGCUUCCCUCCAGAGUUCUAUAAAGAAUUUAAGGAGCUGUUGGUCCCCUACCUUAUGGAGGUACUUAAAAAAGCCAGAGAAGACAACUGCUUUCCAGAGUCCUUCACUCAAGCAGUGAUUACUGUAAUCCACAAGAAAGGGAAAAACCCGCUAAAGUGUGCCUCCUAUAGACCAAUCUCUCUCCUUAACACAGAUUGUAAACUGGUCACCAAGAUGCUAUCUAAGAGACUGGAGUCAUGUCUUCCCCUGUUGGUCAACCCAGAUCAGACUGGCUUCAUAAUUAAUAGAUUGUCCUCCAAUAAUCUCAGAAGGUUCUUUGAUAUAAUUCACCUUGCUAACAAAAACAAAAUACCUAGUGUCGCAGUCUCCCUCGACGCUGAAAAGGCCUUUGAUAGGGUUGAAUGGCCAUACCUCUUUCGCGUCUUGGAAAAGUUCGGUUUAGGUACCGUGUUUGUAAAUUUGAUAAAAUCACUCUACAAAUCUCCUAAAGCUAGGAUUGCUACCAAUGGGAUUACUUCCUCUUCUUUCCCUCUUUAUGGGGGAACAGACAAGGUUGCCCAAUUAGCCCCCACCUCUUUGCCCUCGCCAUCGAACCGUUGGCUGAGGCUAUUAGAACGUGCCCUGACAUACAUGGCUUUGGGGUGGGCCCCCAUACCCAUAAAUUAUCACUCUUUGCGGACGACCUUAUCUUAUUUCUAACAAACCCAGAACACUCCCUCUCUCACUUGCAGAUCCUACUACAGUGUUAUAGUUCUUUCUCUGGAUAUAAGGUCAAUUUUGAUAAAAGCGAAAUCUUACCGUUGUCUGUCUUUGACCAUCAAGCACAAGUUUCCUUUUAGAUGGUCGCCUAUGGGCUUCACAUAUUUGGGCAUAAUGGUGGAUGGUAAUCUGAACAACCUCUAUAAACUCAAUCUGGCCAGUUUGUUGCAAAAGGUGGAGGUUGACCUUUGUAAAUGGAUGGACUUACCUCUCACUCUACUGGGUAGAAUCAAUGUAAUUAAAAUGAAUGUCCUGCCCAGGUUUCUAUAUCUGUUUCAAUCUCUCCCUAUCCCUGUUCCCGCAGCAUUUUUUCCAUCUCUCGACAAGCUGACCAGACGGUGUAUCUGGCACGGCAAAACCCCUAGGGUUGGCCUGGAUAAACUGACCCUUGAUUACAGUCAAGGGGGCUUAAACCUCCCCAAUUUUAGAAUGUACUACUGGGCUGCACAGUCUAGGUUUGACAAUGGGGCGGCAGGGUAGCCUAGUGGUUAGAGCGUUGGACUAGUAACCGAAAGGUUGCAAGUUUGAAUCCCCGAGCUGACAAGGUACAAAUCUGUCGUUCUGCCCCUGAAUUUGUUCUUAACUGACUUGCCUAGUAAAAUAAAGGUAAAAAAAUAAUAAAUGGUCCCUCUCCCUCAUGGUUGAACAUUGAAAAGCUUGAGGUAAAUGAUGACACUGGGGUAGAUUUGUUUUACAAAUGGGACAGAAAAUCUAUAAAAACCAUCACAGACAACCAGACUUUAAUCAUACAUUCUGUCCUGGCAUGGUGCAAACUGCAUGAGCUGUUCGGACGAGGGGGAUUCCUUUCCCCUAAAACCCCUUUAUGGAACAAUAGAUUGAUCCCUAUGUUUUUCCAGAAUAGUAACUUUAGACCAUGGUCUGAUAAGGGGAUCACUCUUCUGGAACAUUGUUACGGGGAGGGAGUUCUUAUGUCUUUUGAUCAGCUGAAACAGAAAUACCACUUGCCUAACAGGGACUUCUUUAGCUACCUACAACUACGAAACUUUAUUAGGGUGACUCUCAAGGGACAAUGGAACCUACCUAAGAUGUCACCUAUUGAACAACUCUGCCACGCAGACCAACCACUGUUCAAGACCAUUUCCCGUGUUUACAAUGUUCUUAUGUCAGGACUAACACUGCCUGGGCUAGAUAAACCCUGACUUAGAUGGGAGAAAGAUCUGGGUAUUGAUCUUGAUGAGGAUCUAUGGAGUGACCUAUGCAGGGAUGGUGUUACAUCCACAUUGAACUCCAGAUACAGACUGAUCCAGUUUAAUUUCCUCCAUCAGCUCUAUAUCACCCCAUCUAGACUGCACAAGUUCAACCCAGAUAUCUCCUCCCUAUGUUUUAGAUGUGGCUCAGAUGAAGGAACAUUCCUCCAUUCCACUUGGCAGUGUUCAAAACUACAUGGUUUCUGGCAGGGGGUAUGCGAUACCAUAUCCUCAAUUCACGGGGUUGCAUUCCCUUUAGACCCGGAGGUCUGUCUACUGGGUAACUUUACUAACACCAAUCUUAGGCAAAGCCAUACUAUAAAGCUAACAGAAAUAUUGCUAGCGAUUGCCAAGAAAUGUAUUGCCUUGAAAUGGAAAUUGGAUUCCUCCCUGCCAGUUGCAAUGUGGCUAUCGGAAGUUAAUAGUUGUAUCCCUUUGGAGAAAAUCACUUACUGCUUGAGGAAUAAGUUAAAGAUAUUUUACAGAAUUUGGCAACCUUUUAUUGACUAUAUGGAGAAUCUCCCCCCACAUCUCAUUGAUUGAAUCUAUAUAUAAUCCUCACAUAAUGUUUCACACGUAACGUAUAAUAUGUAGCCUACGGCAGGUGAUCCAAUGUCUCGUUAUUUUUUUCUUUUCUUUUUUUUCUUAUUGUAUGUUUGUUUAUAUAAUUAUAAUUAUUUUUUAUUUUUGUUACGCUCGUCUGUUACUGUCACUUUGUCCUAUCGUUGUCUAAUAUCUUUUCACUUUUGUUUUGAAUGUUCUUAAUUGGAAAAUGCAAAAAAACAAUUAAAAAGAAACAACAAAAAAACAUGA